GCAGCGCGCAGGCGCGAGCGCGGGGUUCGGGGGGGCGGUAGCGGCGGUUGGAGUGGUCGUGGCCGCGGCGGCGACCAUGACCCAGCAGGGCGCGGCGCUGCAGAAUUACAACAACGAGCUGGUCAAGUGCAUCGAGGAGCUGUGCCAGAAGCGCGAGGAGCUGUGUCGGCAGAUCCAGCAGGAGGAGGACGAGAAGCAGCGGCUGCAGAACGAGGUGAGGCAGCUGACGGAGAAGCUAGCUCGGGUCAAUGAGAACCUGGCGCGCAAGAUCGCCUCCCGCAACGAGUUCGACCGGACCAUCGCGGAGACCGAGGCUGCCUACCUCAAGAUCCUGGAGAGCUCGCAGACUCUGCUCAGCGUCCUGAAGAGGGAAGCUGGGAACUUGACCAAGGCCACAGUCUCCGAGCAGAAGAGCGGCGGCAAGGACAGCUGACCGGACGCAGGUGGUCAACAGGUUGGCCUCCAGCACUGUUUCCAGCGUGUCUUGACUUCACGACCGCCUCCUUUCACUCUUUUUUGGGUAGCAGGAGGCUGUUGCCAAGCUCCACCCACCCCAGGUGGUGAGGACAGCCGCCAGCUGGGAGUCCUGGCCCUGGGCCCACGCAGGAUUUGGGGAGGGCAGGCUCUGGGUCACUUCUGCUCAGGGCCUGAGAUCCCCACACCCGCCCUGUGCUGCCAGAAAGGUCCUGCUCCCUAGUCUCAGCACCAUGGCCGCGCACUCACCUUGGUGCCCAGGCCAGGGGAGUGGGCGGGGGGCCCUCCAUCUUGGGGUUUGCUCUGGUAGUCUAUGACUGUCAGUAAAGAUUGUGUUUGUAAAAGU